AUGGAUUACCCACAAGAAAGCUUUGUCGCGACGACCUUCGCUCCAGGAUCUUUCUGGGCUCGUCGUCGCGAAGUGGUUCGGACUCAGACUCUGCGGCAUCAACUUAACAUGCUCAAAACCACUGGAAGAUAUGAUGCUUUCAAGUUGAAGUGGCACCCGAGCUAUGGAGAUCCUCCCACGGUGUAUCCCAUUCCAAACCACCAGUUCUGGGAUUCCGAUGUGGCCAAGUGGAUUGAAGGAGCCUGCUAUUUAUUGAUAGACCAUUACGAUGCCGAGAUAGACGCAGCUGUGAAGGAGCUGGUGCAAAUGAUUCAGAGUGCCCAGCACCCUGAUGGAUACCUUAACAUCCACUAUACAGUUGUAGAACCCGGCAAGCGUUUCACAAAUUUGCGAGAUAUGCACGAGCUGUAA